AUGCUCCCGACCACUCCGCACUUCCCACCCCUCGCGCUGGCCGCUCUGUUGGCCACGGCAACCGCAAGAAACAUCGCCAGCGCACAUACCCUUGCCCUAAGAAUGGACAGUACCACGGCCGUCGGAACAAACCCCAUCGUUAAUCCCAAGGUCGAGUACCUGGGCCUCCAAAAGGCGGAUAACAGCUGCUCGCACCGCGACCUGGGCUUCACGGGCGCCAUCGCGGGCAAGUGGUACGCCGUCUGGGGCGAUGUGCUCUGGUGCGAUGCGGGUGUGAAGGAUCCCGAGAAGGACACGCCCGGGUUUCACGGCAUGGUCCGCGACGCUGUAUCGGCCGUGACGAGCGAUCCGCUGCUGGUGCACGAUUUGAACAUGGGCGACAAUCAAAGGCAGAAACAGUUUAUCCCGUUCAACGCCUCUUGGGGUGAGAGGUUCGAUACCGGGUUUGGCGGGACCAGCCUGGUUGAGACCGAUGCCGCCACCGGAACUGGGGCCGUCUUUUAUCUGGUUAACCAAAACGCAGCAGGCCUCGUCGGCGCUGGCAUCGCCCAGGUGAAUGUCAUCAACGGUACGCCCACGGUGACCAAGCGCUACGGCGAAAAGGGCUACUGGUGGCCUGCCGACACGAACCCGCGGUACGGAGACAUCGCUGCGUUCCGUGACCCACGGUCCGAGUACAUAUACGCCUGGGGCGGCCCGCCAACGACCAUCUCCCGCAGCGACUGGCUCCAGAGCAGCUACGUCUACAUGGUGCGCGUCAAGGCGAGCGAGGCGUUCGACCUGUCCAAGUACGAGUACUGGUGGGGCCGGCAGCGGGGGUGGAGUACGGAGCGGUUGACAACCUUCACGGCCGAGACGGCUGCGGUUUGGGGCACCGGGCAGGGACAGGUUGUGUGGAACGAGUUUUACCAGUGCUAUAUUUUCGUUCACUUGGGUAUCGGUGGUGGCUCGGUCUUUUUGAGGACGGCUCCCAGUCCCGAGGGCCCCUGGACGCCGGACGUCAAGAUCUUCGACGCGAAGCCCAUCAACGGUGGUCUAGUCUACGCCGGCGUUGCUCACCCGUACCUUGAUGAGUCUGGCAAGACUCUCGUCAUCUCCUUCACCAACAACAACAGGAUCCAGGUGAUCAAAGCGACCUUUACCCAAUAA